UCUCCGCACUCACUGCUCGCGCCCGGCGCGCUCCGCUGGCUCCCUGCUCUCCGCGCCACCCUCCUCCGGGCCGCGCUCCCUGAGGGAUGGUACUGAAUUUCGCCGCCACAGGAGCCCGGCUGGAGCGCCCGCCCCGCGGCCUCGCCUCCCCGCCGAGCUGCCAGCGCCUCGGGACGCGAUGAGGACCUGGGCUUGCCUGCUGCUCCUCGCCUGCGGAUACCUCGCCCAUGCCCUGGCCGAGGAAGCCGAGAUCCCCCGCGAGGUAAUUGAGAGGCUGGCACACAGUCAGAUCCACAGCAUCCGGGACCUCCAGCGACUCCUGGAGAUAGACUCCGUAGGGGCUGAGGAUGCUUUGGAAACCAGCCUGAAAGCCCAUGGGGGCCGUGCCACCAAGCAUGCACCUGAGAAGCAGCCUGUGCCCAUUCGGAGGAAAAGAAGCAUUGAGGAAGCCAUACCUGCAGUCUGCAAGACCAGGACGGUCAUUUACGAGAUACCUCGGAGCCAGGUGGACCCCACGUCUGCCAACUUCCUGAUCUGGCCCCCGUGUGUGGAGGUGAAGCGCUGUACCGGCUGCUGCAACACCAGCAGCGUCAAGUGCCAGCCCUCCCGCAUCCACCACCGCAGUGUCAAGGUGGCCAAGGUGGAAUACAUCAGGAAGAAGCCAAAGUUAAAAGAGGUCCAGGUGCGGCUGGAGGAGCACCUGGAGUGCGCGUGCACGAGUGCCAGCCCGAACCCCGAUCACCGAGAGGAGGAGGCCGGAAGGCGUAGGGAGUCAGGUAAAAAACGGAAAAGAAAAAGGUUAAAGCCCACCUAACGCAGCCAACCAGAUGUGAGGUGAGGAUAAGCCAGCAGCCCUUUCCCGGGACACGGAUGUACAUGGCGUGUUACAUUCCUGAACCUACUAUGUACGGUGCUUACUGCCAGCGUGUGCUUUGUUCUCCUCUGUGAAAAACUGUCCCCAUCACACUCUGGAGAACAAAGAGACAGUAUACAUUUGUUUAAUGUGACAUCAAAGCAAGUAUUGUAGCACUCGGUGAAACAAUAAGAAGCUUCCUUGUCAAAAAAAAAAAAGAGAGAGAGAACAAACAAAACCACAAAACAUGAAAAACAAAACUGACUCACAAAAAUGUCUGAACAGCUGCCGGAUAGAGGGCGCGCCCCCAUGGGAUGGAGGUGACAGACGUCUCAGCGGACUGGAUUUCUGUCCAGGGUGGUCACAGGUGCUUUUGCCAAGGACACGGAGCCUGCUUUCUAGACGACUCCGAUGGAUGCCGACGGGCUCUGCAGGGGCACGCAGGAGCCAGAAAUGUCUGGGAAACCGCCACGGGAACUGUAGAACCAAUCUCCCUGCUGUAGUGUUUAAGUCUAUACAGAAACCUUCCUGAGAGCCUUAAGUGGAUUUUUUUUUUUACACCAUAAAGUGAUUAUUAAGCUUUCCUUUUUACUCUUUGCCUAGGUUUUUUUUUUUUUUUUUUUUUUUUUUAAUUAUCUCUUGGAUGACAUUUACACGGAUAACCUGAGGCUGCUGUAACAGGACAGUGGGACGGUAUUCUUCCUAGCAGGAUGCAAACAAAUGAGAUGUAUUAAAAUAAACAUGGUAUACCCACCUAUGCAUCAUUUCCUAAAUGUUUCUGGCUUAAUGUGUUUCUCACUUGCCCCAUUUUACUUUUUAAUUUAAGCCAUUUUGAGAAAACUAUGCGUGAACCAAUCGAAUGCCGUCCCCAAGCCCCCCGUCCCCAAGCCCCUGCCUUUGUGCCACCGCCACCCACACUGUGGGACGUGGCUCCCUGUGUGGCCGUGUGAGGUUGUUCCCUGCUGCUGCCAGUGUUUGGACAGAACCUAAAUUCUUUAUUUUUGGUAAGAUGUUACGCUUUAUGUGUAUUCAAUGAAAACGUGUGUGUGUGCUGUUUUGUUUUUUUGUUUUGUAAAGGUGAAUUUGUAUUUUUAUCUAAUAUUACCAGUUUUAUAUACCUGAGAGCCUGUUAUGUUUAUUUUUGAACCAAAAGAAAAAAAAAACCCAGCAACAAAACCCAUACACGUGUAAAGUGUCCUGUGGUCACAUUUUUCAGUUGCGUAACCGAGUCUAGACCCCGUCCCUGCACGCACGUGGCUCAUGGCGUGGUUGCUGGAGGCUCCCUGCUGAUAACUGGGAGAUUAGAGUUGCUCGGGCCACUGCCCCAGUGUCUGCCCCGUGAUGAGAACCUGCAGAAUGCAGCUUGCUCCUGGGAUUCCAGAACCUACCAAGACUGGGCCCAAGAAGGACACGCGGCCGACUGCCUGUGGCCUCCUGAGGGGAGGCCUGCCGCCCAUCAGCAGCCACGUGGACGAGGAAGAAUUGACUCCACCGAAUGAAGUGGCUUUGUGGUCUGCUCUCCAGAGCCAGUACUCGGGCAGCACUGUGUUGCCCUCGGCCUGCUGCGCCUGUCCUCCCUCUCACCUCAAGGCUCGUGUAACCAUCAGGAUCGUUUGCUGCCCGUGGGUUGUCUCUGAGUGACUGCGAACGUCUGUGGUGUUUGUGUUUAUGAAGAUUUGUCAUAAAGGAAUGUCUUCAGCAGCACGUCUUCUUGGGGUCGUUCUUUGCCCACAGCACGGGGUCUUUCAGCAUGAUGACAGGGAGGCUUGGGGCUUGGUAGGGAUGGGGUGGACGUUGGCAGCUGCGCCCCUGUUCUUGCUGACAACCUCCCUCAGUGGAGCCCUGGCCCCAUGAUGCUGUGCUGUGAAUAAAUGUCUGAUGUUAGAUGUGCAAACAUGUAAUUUACGUAUUUAUGUUUCUGUGAGGUGCUGAGGACACAGCUCAAUUUUUCUUUCUUUGGGCAAAGCUGCCUGAUGAGUGAUAACAUCCAUUAAAAUGCUGGGAAAGAGAGGUCUGAUGUGCCCUUGGAGAGGAGGAAACAACCCGGAGGUCUAGGAGACAUGGUCUUACUGAGGGGUGUCAGGGCUAUGGGGACUGGGCCUACCCUGCUGGACAGGAGCAGGGGGCACCCAGCCUCUCCCUCAGAACCCAAGCAGAGUGCAGAUGAGCUUGAGGAUCGCAGGAUGGAGCCCACACCCAGCCAGAAAGGGGCACAGCUGCAUGGUUUCUGAGUUGUACCUACCA